AUGAACUCAAUGAAACUCUGCUCUGUAAAGCUGAACGAUGGGUUCUUCAUGCCCGUGCUGGGAUUUGGCACCUCUGCUCCUAGUAAGGUUGCUAAGAGCGACGUGGAAGAGGCUGUCAUGAAAGCAAUUGAUGUAGGCUACCGCCAUUUUGACUCCGCUUACUUUUAUCUAAAUGAAGAAGAGAUUGGGAGGGCCAUCCGGAAGAAGAUUGCUGAUGGCUCUGUGACGAGAGAGGACAUAUUCUACACUUCGAAGGUGUGGGGAACCUUCUUCCGCCCAGAAUUGGUUCAAACCAGCCUGGAAAUGUCACUGAGGAAACUUCAGCUGAGCUAUGUGGAUCUUUAUCUUGUGCAUUUCCCAAUACCUUUGAAGCCCGGGGAGGAGCUCAUCCCGAAGGACAAACAUGGAGAAGUCAUCUUCGACACAGUGGAUUUCUGUUCCACGUGGGAGGCCAUGGAGAGGUGUAAGGAUUUAGGGCUGGCCAAGUCCAUCGGGGUGUCCAACUUCAACCGCAAGCAGCUGGAGAGGAUUCUGAACAAGCCAGGCCUCAAGUACAAGCCCGUGUGCAACCAGGUGGAGUGUCACCCUUACCUCAACCAGAGCAAACUGCUGCAGUUCUGCAAGUCCCAAGACAUUGUGUUGACUGCGUACGGGGCCUUGGGGUCCAACUCAGGGAAGGAAUGGGUGAGCAAGGACAACCCAGUUCUUCUGGAAGACCCAGUACUCAAUGCCAUUGCUGCAAGACACAGGCGGACCCCAGCCCAGGUGGCCCUGCGCUACCAGCUGCAGCGGGGAGUGGUGCCCUUGGCCAAGAGCUUCAAUGAGAAGAGGAUUCAGGAGAACUUUCAGGCCUUAGAUUUCCAGCUGACACCAGAGGACAUGGAAACUCUAGACGGUCUAAACAGGAACAUUCGCUAUUUUCCAGAUACUCCAUUUAGCUGUCAUCCGGAUUACCCGUUUUUUGAUGAGUAUUAACAACGAUGUUGGUGCUUGUCCCAGAGUUGAUUUUGGUUGAUGAUUGGCGAACACCAGGCAUCUGGUUUAUCCCAUGUUGCUGACUAAUCAGUCACAAGGUGACCUGAGUCCCCAGGCCAGGAAAUGAAAGUCUCUAAGCCCAGUCUUUUCCUUCCAAAGUAAAUGAAAAUACAUUUCAAACAACCUCA